GGGGGGUGGGGGGGGGUUGCUCAAUGGCCGCUGGCCGGUGCUUCUAAUCCGGCGUUCCCCGCUCACUCGUCUUCCUUCUGGUUCUCAUCGGUCUCUAACCCGGCCACCCCUAAGCGGUCUCAACACGACACUCGGUCCUCUCGCCGGCCCUUUCCGCGCGGCCCGCGGGGCCUCGCCGUCUGCGUGGGGCCGCCAUGCUCGGCUACACCGACCUGUGAUGGGAUCUCGAACAUCGAGGACCAUGUCCGCCGAGGCCGAUGGAGGCGACCAGCCGGAGCGAGCAGUGACCGGAGGAGGAGCGGGUGGUGGAGGAGGAGGAGUCGUCAGGGAGGUGGACAGCAGCGAGGAAGGAGAUGAGGACGUGGAUUUGGCGCAGAUACUUGCUUUCCUGCUGCACAGAGGCCAGGUGCGGCUCAUCCGCAAUGCCGGCACAGGGCUGCACCUGGUUAGCAACUUCUCCGAGUCGGAUGAAGACAGCGACAGUGGCUGGGACGGGAGACUGGGAGACCGCUAUAAUCCCCCUGUUGACCAAAACCCAGACACCAAGGAGCUGGAUUGCAGUGAGAUUCAGCAGCAGAUCUUGCUGGCCACAGGCGGCCUGGGAGGCCGUCCAAUCAGGGGUCUCACACACCUACUCCACAAGAGGGAGCGCGGGAUGUGUCGCAGCAGUGCCUUCUCCCAGGGGGAGUGCUCACACAUCACCACCAGCUUCCUGCCCAACCAGAUGACACAGGCGGCGCACUUCACCCAGAAAGCGUUCUGUGGAGUGUUCUCCCAAGAUGGCUCCAUCUUCAUGUCCGCUUGCCAGGACCAGAACGUGCGUCUGUUCGACGCGCGCAAGGGUGGCUUCAAGAAGUUCAAGACGGUGAAGGCCCGGGACGUCGGCUGGAGCGUGCUGGACACGGCCUUCACGCCCGACGGCACGCACUUCCUCUACUCCAGCUGGUCCGACUACAUUCACGUGUGCAACAUCUACGGCGAGCACGAGACCCACACGGCGCUCGAUCUCAACCCAGACGAGCGGCGAUUCUGCGUCUUCUCGCUCACCGUGUCGCUUGACAGCCGCGAGGUGCUUGGCGGGGCCAACGAUGGCUGCCUCUACGUCUUCGACCGCGAGAGGAACCAGCGCACGCUCAAGAUCGAUGCUCACGAAGACGACGUGAACACGGUGGCGUUUGCCGAUGCCAGCUCCCAGAUCCUCUUCUCCGGUGGCGACGACGCCCUCUGCAAGGUGUGGGACCGGCGCACACUGCGCGAGGACUCGCCACAGCCCGUGGGGGUGCUAGCCGGACACCGCGAUGGCGUCACCUUCAUCGACACGAAGGGCGACGCUCGUUACCUGAUCUCCAACUCCAAGGACCAGUCGAUUAAGCUGUGGGACGUGCGGCGCUUCUCGCCGAAGGAAGGGCUGGAGGCGUCAAGGCAGGCGGUCACGCAGCAGAACUGGGACUACCGCUGGCAGCAGGUGCCCAAGCGUGGUGGUGCAGCCCUAAAGAAACACAAGCUGCCCGGUGACACGUCGGUCAUGACGUACCGCGGUCACGGCGUGCUACACACCCUCAUCCGCUGCCGCUUCUCUCCGGAGUUCAGCACCGGACAGCGAUACGUCUACACGGGCUGCUCCACCGGCAAGGUCGUGGUCUACGAGGUGCUGUCGGGGAAGGUGGUGGCGCGGCUCAACGGGCACCGCGCGUGCGUGCGCGACGUACACUGGCACCCGUACGACGGCAAGAUCGUCAGUACGUCGUGGGACGGCGUGCUGGGCCUGUGGCAGUACAAGCAGGGAGAAUUCCACGAGGGCGGUGACCCGUCGUCCGACCUCCAGGGCAGCAGCGACGGCAAACCGGCGGCCAAGCCCUGACCCCGUUGGACAGCCCCGACGACCCUCGACCCGCGCGACUCCUUCCACGGUGGUCGUGACGGCGUUUUUUUUAAUUUGCGAAUUCCGGCAACAGGAGCCAGGCGUGCGGUUCGCAGCCGCCCCGUGGGGGGCGCAGGCGCAAGUCUGCGAUGCGGCUGCGAUAGCUGGCGCUCGCCUCCCCCCCCCCCCCCGUACAAGCCCCCCACCCUUCCUUUCUGCCCCGCCCCCCUCCGCCAUCGGCAGUUUGAGACAAGCGACCCCCAGAUUCAGGGGCUCACGAGGGCUGCAGGCUUCGUGGGCGAGGAGUCCCGGACGUCGAUCAAGACUUGCUUCGGUCACCCCGCGUGGUGUCCUCCGGGGCGUGUCUGACGAAUGCUUCGUCACGGGGUGGGGGUGGGGGGAGGUGACUUCUCAUUGCGAGGUGGCGGGAGGGAGGGAGGGAGAGAGAUGUAACCGAGUUUAAUUACGUCGUCGGUUUGCUUUUUUGUUGUUGUUGAGCACUUAAAGACUUGGCAUUGGAAAUGUGGAGGAGCUUCUUGGCAGGAGGUUUUUCUCGCAGGACUCUGGUUGCGUCGAUCUUGUUUGUUACCCCCGCCCACACUACGCACUGCCCCCACCCCCCACCGCGGCGGCUGACUUUCCCUGUGAGCUUAAUUCUUUAAUUAAAGAGGACACACCAGCUUGUUAUUUUAUUGUUUGAAAGGGGGAUGCAGACUGUGCUGUGCUGGCUGACAGAUGGAGGGACAUGCGGAUGGAUGGACACGCGCAGACAGAGGGGGGACUGCAAGCUUGUUUCAAUCUCCAAUCGCUUUAUUAGUCUCGCAUGGUUUCUUUCACAGACAGUCGGGAGACAUUUUUUUGAAUGCCGAAAACGGCCACCGGAAGUACAAAAAAGCCAUCCUUUUUCUCGUAUUCACGUCUGGAAAUUUUUGCACUUUUGUAUUUUCUGUUUGCCGUUUCGUGCUUGGAAAUGUGACCCUUGAGGAGGGGGGGGGGGGCGCAUCGUGUGCUGUUGAGAAAGAGGGACAUUUUGUUUGUCUCGUUUAACCUCUCUUUUUAUUGUUUGUGUGCAAGGAAGCUGGCAGGUUCAAUGAGGUCCUUUAUUGAUUGUAUGUAAUUAUAAGGCGAACCCUGUUGUACAGAUGCAUGUGAGGAUGGCUACUGCAGAGGCCCGUGUCCCAAUUAAAGGCGUUCACUCGUUAAUUA